AUCCUUUCCAUUUUGUGGUCAAUUUUUUUUAACCCACCUAAAUCACACCAACCGCCAAAUAAUCUCAUAAUUGAAGAUUGCCGUACGUUCUAGACGCCAAGCACUCUCACUUCUUGCCGCCGCAAACAACCACGGCGAUCUGGCUUUCAAGCUCUCUUCUCUAAAGCAGGUCAGAAGUAUUUUGUCGUCUGCUGACCCGUCUUUAGCGGCUGAACUCUUUCCUUACUUGGUCGAGCUUCAAUCUUCUCCUGAAACUCUCGUUCCAAAAUGUCUUAUCGAGAGAGUUAACUAAACCUUAAUUCGUACUAUUCGACAGUUUCUAACCUUAUAUUUGUUGAAAGUCCGGUUAUAUUGUUCAUUCCAAGUUGUAAUUGUUUGGUUAGAGAGGCUUUUGAGAAUAUCUUUGCGAAAUUUACGAGUUUUUUCACUCAGUGGAAAAUUUACGAGUUAUUUGUUGAUGACAUUCAAACUUCAUUUUCUGCAUUACUUUCAGUUGCACAGACUGCUUCUCACCCAUGUAAUGGAGUUUGUUAUAGUAUUUUUGUGGGUUAUACUUUGUAGUAGAUUCGUGUACCAGCAAGCAUACAGCAUUGGCAUGACAAAUUUCAUGGUUUCGGCACUAUCUUAUUUGCCUUUUUUAUGUGUCACUUGUUUUUGCCUUUGUAACUCAAGAGUCCUUUGCUUUCCUUUAUUAUGGGUUUCGGGACAAUUGAAGGUGUUGGGUUGAAAGCAAUGGAGCUUUCUUAUAUUCUAACGCCUGUUUUGUUAGCAUUUUUUAGGGAUGGUGGCGACUCUAUUGUUGCAAAGCAAUCUAUUGUUACUGGCACGAAUUUCUUUUGCCGUUUUCUAGAGGAUACAGCAUUACAGUUUCAUUGGCAUCGUAAAGUAGAGCGGUGGCUAGAAGAACUUUGGACGUGGACGGUUAGCUUUAAGGAUGCUGCCUUUUCAAUUGCAUUGGAGAUGAAAGACCCAGAAAAUGAAACUGCAUUUGGAACUCAAGCCUCAGCAGCCCAAUGUUGAUUUGUAUAGAAAAACUCCACUGUUUAUAUUACGAUUUCAAUCUCACACCUGACACUUGAGAAAGAGAGGUUGAAAUAUUGGUACAUCAUGAUAUGAUGGCAUCUAAGUCAAAUUGUUUAGUUAUCAUCUGUGAAAAGGAACCUUAAACUCAUAAUUUUUCUGUUUACCAGUGAACAGAGUUUUGAGUUUUACAUUACAAUACAAUCAUCAUCCUUCUUUGUUAA